CGUUGCCAGGCUGCGCCCCUCCCUGAACUGGCUUCUUACACCCCUCGACCACUACAAAUAGACCCUGUCUCCAACACGUAGUCUACUACAUCACUCAUAGAAUCAUUGCACUCUUCUCAACUACUAUACCCUUACCACCCAAUUCUCUCAAACCACCCCACCCUACAUAUACGUCAACAUGGCUGCCACCGUCAACGUCGAGAACAUCUCCACCAAGACCAGCGAGGAUGAGAUCAAGAGCUUCUUUUCCUUCUGCGGAAAGAUUCAGUCGCUCAGCGUGAAGCCUUCGGGCGACGACACACAGUCAGCCUCCGUCACGUUUGAGAAGGCCGCUGCCGCCAAGACCGCCCUUCUCCUCGACAACACCCAGCUUGGACACAACUCGGUCCAGGUCACAUCAGCUAAGAGCCUCGACGAGAUUGCCGGCGAGAAGUCUGCCGCCGCCGAAGACGCCAAGGACGGCGACCACCACAUCGAGCAGGAGCAGAAGCCCCGCGCACGCAUCAUCGCCGAGUACCUCGCCCACGGCUAUGCCAUCUCCGACAAGGCCAUCGAGAAGGCUCUUGCAGCAGACAAGCAAAACGGCUACAGCACCAAGUUCAUGAACAUCCUCAACAACUUCGACCAAAAGACCCAGGCUACACAGAAGGCGCAAGUCGUCGACCAGAAGCUGGGCGUAACAAACAAGGGCUACGCUGCCUUCAACAUGAUGACCAGCUACUUUGACAAGGCCGCAUCUACACCCACUGGACAGAAGCUUCGUGCUUUCUACGACCAGGGAAACAAGACUGUCAUGGACGUCCACAACGAGGCCAGGCAUUUGGCAGACCUUAAAAAGCAGAAGCCUGCUGGUGAGGAGGGUGCUGCCGCUACCGCCGAGAGCAGCGAGAAGCCCGCCCAGGGUCAGAGCGAGAAGAGCGCAGACUCCUACGCUGCUGCUGCCGCUCCUACUUCCUAGAUGCAAACACUAUUGUGCUGACAGCGGAGAGCUGCAAUGGCUUUUCUUUCGGUUUUACGAUUCCCACUUGGUUUACAGUCUGUAUGAAUACUUGCGCAUGAUACCGAUGACGGCACGAGCAUGGAGUUGGAAGGAGAUGGUUUAUUCAGCCUACGAGAAAAGAAUUCUAUCUAG